AUGUUGGAUAUAGGAUUUUGGAUUAAUGAUAGGGAGGAUAAAGCUAAUCUCAUUGAAGAAAAGAUUGAGAAUCUCAUAAGCCAAGAGAAGGCAACCUUGGAGGAAAGCAAAGAAAUGGAUUUUCAAAGAGCAAAAAUAAUUGCAUAUGAAAUCGGUAGAUCAGAAACCAGUAGGCAAAAUAUCGAAAAUGAUCAAUAUGAAUAUUAUCAGGAUUAUUACUUUGGGAUUUUGUGGAGCCAAGAACUAAAUAAAAAAUAUUUAAAGAAGAUGAGAGGGCUCAAGCCCUUUGAUAUAGAAAUUGUUAGAAAUAUCAACCUUGUGGCUCUCCUUUAGCUUUCAUUUAAACAAUUAAUCUACGUAACAGAAGUUGCAUUUCUCAAACUCAUGGUAGGGAGUGUCCAAGAUAUGAUAGAAAAUGCUUUAAUCCAGAUUUAGUUUAUUUAUAGGCAUCAUUCAUUCAGGAAUAUUUAGCUCAAAUUUAAUUCAAUUUCAUGACCAAAACUGAAUCUUAGCUUAAACUUCUCAAAAUUUUGCUUGUGGCCCUGAAUAUUUAUUUUACCAUACCCUCCCUCAAGGGGACAAAGGAGCAUUCCUGGUACACUAUUACAGAGUAAGGAUCUCUUUGAACCUGCUUUCAGGUUUGCUCUAGCUCACCCUAUGCAUGAAAUGGCUGAACAAAUUAUCUAACUUAAAACUCUGAAGUAUGCUGUGUUUCAAUGUUUCUGAUUGGAUAAUUAUCAAUUCAAGAGACUCAUUUCCACUUUCAAACAUUUGGAGACACUGACUCUGCAAGAGUAUUUUUCAAAAUCACUAGUAAAUUCCAAGUAUAAAAAGCUGGAUUUUGAUACAUGCGGGACUUGCUGGACUAAUAACUGGGGAAGAAACAAAGAUCAUUUACAGAAGCUAAUAAAGGCAUUAGCUUCUUCACAAGACAUAAGAAAUAACCUC